AUGGAGCCGGGACAGACGCGCAUCCCCCUGGCCGAAACGCAGGCGCCCCACCCGCAGGCCCCCGCGGCCCCGGAGGAAGCCGCCCUGGCCCCUCGCCCCGCCCUGGCCCCUCGCCCCAAGAAGCGCUAUCGGCGGCACCCCAAGCCGCCCUACUCCUACCUGGGCAUGAUCGCCCUAGUGAUCCAGGGCUCCCCCGAGCGGAAGCUCAAACUCUGCCAGAUUAUCCAGGAGAUCCGGCAAAAAUUCCCGUCUUUUAAGAUGAGCUACCAGGGCUGGAAGGACUCCAUCCGCCACAAUUUAUCCAACAACCCGUGCUUCUCUAUGGAGCUCAAGGAUCCGACGAAUCCCAAGGCGAAGGGCAACUACUGGACCGUGGACGUCCGCCGCAUCCCCCCGGACGCGCUCAAGCUCCAGAACACCUCCGUCUCGCGCCGGGAGGGAGCCGCCUUUGUCCCUGACCUCUCGCCCUAUGUGCUCCACGGCCAGCGCUACUCCGGCUGCCACGCUCCUGGGGCAGAAGCUGUGGCCAAUGGAGGAGGGGGCCCAGAGGGGCCCCCACCGCCCCGCCUGAAGAGCACGUUCAGCAUUGAGUCGCUGCUGCAGGAUGUGCCCAGGGCGGCCUCGGACCCCAGACCAGAGCGUGCUGCGGGCAGCGCCUCUCCUCCUGCUGGCGGGAGAGAGCAGCCGGGCCCCAGCCGCCCUGCCAGCCCUCCUCUGUUCCUGCACGCCGGCUGCAAAGAGGACUCUGCCCUCCAGCCCAAGGCCUCUGUGUGGCCACAGCCAGGGCCACCCCAAGGGCCCCAGGGCCAGCUGCCUGGUCUGUACAGGGCGGCUGUCUUCGUGGGCUGGGGGCCGCCCACCUUGCCCAUGGCAUCCCUCUUUGCCCCCCGGCCCAGUGUGCCCCCUGGCCCUGCCACCUCUUCCAAUGGCACUUACUGGAGCCUGGCAGCCGGGCCCCCACCCCUGCCCACGCAAAUGGGGCAGCACCCCAGUGCAGACCCCACUGGACCCCUUGUCCAGAACCCCCCUCCCUCUUUCCCUCCCACUCUUCCCCACACUCUUAAUUUCCCCCCUGAAGGGACCUCCGGAGUACCAGGGAGUGAAUUUCCAUGA